AUGGACGACCAAGCGCGAGGCAUGGCGCCCUCUCAAAAGCAACUCAACGAAUAUCGCGAGAGGCUAGCACGCGACCUGGAACGUCGAGAGACGUCUUCUCGACCGUUAUUCUUGAAUCCCUCGGAUAAGCGGGUGUCUCCUAUCCCCGAAGAGGCUUUGUCAGGCUUGGCAAUACCCCUGGCUCUCAACACAACCGCCACGAACGCUUCUACUGAAUCUGGCAAUACGGCCGAAGAUACGCAGGAGGAGUCACGUCUCAGCGAAGGUGCUCUGGAGGAGCAUGAGCUCCGAGAGGAGGGACAUGAGCGCAGCAUUCCCACGUGGGAAGUUCCUUUUGUGACGCCGAACAACAGUCGAGGUCGCGUUCUACCGGUGCUGCAAGCGCUCAAUUACGAGGCUGAUCCCCUGAUUGACCAUGCUGGCGUUUUGCGAGUGAUUGAACGGGGGAAAGCAGUCACGCUUACCAGGAGCUACCCUUAUCUCGACAACACAGCGUCGCAGGAUCACGCAAAGCCUGCGAAACCAGAAGUCACCAAGAAGCCUACUGCGAAAAAGCCUGAUCCAACCACGAAGCGCUCUGCCAUCUUCGGCACCUCGAUGCCCUCCCAGGAUCCUGCCGGGGGCAAAGUUGGCUCUGGGGAUCAUGCGCAAGGCUUAAAGGGCCGGGUAGACUUUGACGAACCACGGCCACCUACGCCAAAGUACGAAGAGUAUGAGCAGGCGCCGCCGUCUCCAUGGUCACAAUCACCUGCUCCCUCGCCAGCCAUUCGGGCCGAUCCCCAGGACAACCCCUUUUUCACGGAUGCAACAGUCGAUGAAGACAGCUUCAAUCCUGGUGCCUCACCAGCUGUCUACACAGGACUGCCCCCGCAAGAAGCUAUUGGUGUCGACAAUUCCUGGACCGUCAUGCACAUACCCCUAACUCACCUGGUGCUGUCCAAGACUAGCCGCGCAUUCCGACUCAAUACUGCAGCUAUCGAUCAAACGAUGCAAGCGCUCAACCAAGACGAAUCCAAGAGUGACUCGGAUGAACCAUCAAGUCCAGUGAGGGCCAACCCUGCCCCCAUCGCGAUUCUCUCUAUUCUCAGCCCCGUAAUCCCUUACCCUUCGAACUUGCGCCACUCCCUGGAGCACCUAGCUCCGCAUAUGGCCACCUCCUUUUCUCUGUGCAGACACUUCGAGAACCUGGAGACGGAAAUAGCAGGCUUAAAUCGCCGAAGGCCAUCGACAACUGGCUUCGGCGCUGUGGCUUCAGAUGGUCGACCCCUGGCCACCACACCAUAUCCAAACGCCCCCGAUCUAGGCCGUCAUACUUCCCAAACAGGCACCACUAUGACAAGUCCAAGUGAGUACUCUUGCGUCUCCAAGAGCAUGACAGGCUCUCCUGCUGGUACACCGGGCUGGGAAACUGGAUCUCUCGGGAGCAUCAUCGAUAGAAGGCAACCAGUCGCCAGCCCGUCAGCUCUUGCUCAUAUGGGGGAGAGCUACUUCAGUAGUAAACAACGACCAACGACUUCCCGCCACGAGACAUUUGGAAGUGGAUCGGGCAGUCGUAGCGGGCCCAAAGAAGACUCGCCCACCGAGAAGCGACCGCAAUCUCGACUUUCGGCAACCAAGCCCCUCGAUGCCGCCAGUAACGCAACCGAGCCUAUCAACGGGGGUACGGCAGACAUGGAAGAAGCCCUGGCGGCAGCUGCCGCUCAUCGAAUGUCUAAGAGUACUCAGAGAAGUGGCUCUAUCGGAGCGGAAGAUGCAACAGAGGAAAUGCGCAGCAAAGUAGCCGACGCCGGACGCUUCGACAGCAAGCAAGCACAUAGUAGGCACUCAAUGCUGCAUACCUACGGCGCGGACUUUUCCUCAACCUUUCAGUCUUUGCCGCCGAGCUCGAGCCUCGUCAGCAGGCCUGCACCUCCCAGCGGCAAUCCUGCGCGGACGAUGUCAUUCGCCCCUGGCGCUGCUGACAUGCCGCCGCCGUCAGACAGACUCAAGGGACUCAUGCUUGAUGCACUCCCCGCUCAUGUAUUCGUCGCGUUGCCCCAAACUGGCGAAAUUGUCUGGGUCAACAGCAGGUACCUGUCUUACCGCGGUCAAACAGUAGCCGACUUGGCGGAAGAUCCAUGGGGCAGCAUACACCCAGACGAUUGUGACGAAUAUUUGAAGGCAUGGGGCCAUUCCCUGAGAACGGGUGAGCAAUUCUCUAGGACGGUGCGCAUCAAACGGUUUGAUGGUCAGUACCGGUGGUUCUACGCCAGAGCUGUAGCCUCAAAGGAUAAACGUGGAGUCAUUAUGCAGUUCCUCGGGUCUUACAUGGACAUUCACGACCAACACAUCGCCGAGUUGAGGGCGGCCCGGCAAGAAGAGAUUGAAGCCUCUGAGGCUAAACACCGGCUUCUGGCUAAUCUUAUUCCCCAGAUCAUCUUCACAGCGACGGAGGAGGACGGUGUUACUUUCGCCAAUGAGCAAUGGCUGUCAUACACAGGCCAGAGCUUUGAUGAUGCACUGGGUCUAGGCUUCCUUGACUAUGUACACCCCGAGGACUUGGCCAAAUGCCGUAUCCCUACAGACGCGCCUCCCACACCACUAGGGCCCGAAUCGAGCAAGAAGACUCGGGGCACACCGACGUCAGAAGCCCCAUCGACAGACACACUUCUCCCUGGGAAACAAGUAAAGACACCCGAUGCCUCGCUUCGCGGCGUACACAAGGCGCUUUCUCGUCACAACAGCUCUGGCAACUCUUCAGUCUAUGAGUUGCCGUCGGCAGAUCUAAACGAGUUAGCCAGGAAGGGCAUCAUCAAGGUCGGCACCGAUAGUAACGGGCGCCUCUCCUACACGACCGAAGUUCGCCUCCGCUCCAAGAACGGAGAGUAUCGAUGGCAUCUUAUCCGCUGUGUAGAGAUCGACACCAUCGAUUUUGGCAGCGGCGCCAGCUCCUAUUUUGGUUCCGCCACUGACAUCAAUGAUCACAAAAUCCUUGAAACGAAGCUGAAAGAGGCUAUGGAAACCAAGGGCCGUUUCCUCAGUAACAUGUCACACGAGAUUCGGACACCUCUCAUUGGCAUUUCCGGGAUGGUUAGUUUUCUGCAAGACACCAUCUUGAGCGAGGAGCAACGCGAUUAUACCAACACUAUCCAAACCAGCGCUAACAGCCUGAUCAUGAUAAUCAACGACAUACUGGAUCUUUCAAAGGUCGAUGCGGGCAUGAUGAAGCUCAAGUUCGAGUGGUUCCACACACGCUCGCUCAUCGAGGAUGUAAAUGAGCUCGUUUCGACCAUGGCUAUUGCCAAGGGCCUGGAGCUCAACUACCUCGUAGAGAGCGACGUGCCCGCCUGGGUCAAGGGCGACAAGGUACGCAUUCGCCAAGUGCUGCUCAACGUCAUCGGUAAUGCCAUCAAAUUCACCACACAAGGCGAGGUAUUCAGUCGUUGUCGGGUGUACACUCAAGAGGAUGGCCAUAGCGGCGACCACGAGAUCAUGCUGGAAUACUCGAUUAUCGAUACUGGGCAGGGCUUCACGAAGCAAGAGGCUGAGUUAAUUUUCAAGCCUUUCAGUCAAAUCGAUGGCAGCAGCACGAGACAGCAUGGUGGCAGUGGCCUUGGUCUGGUCAUCUCCAAGCAACUGGUCGAGUUGCAUGGGGGCCAGAUGAAUGGGACAGCCGAACCAGGAAAGGGAUCCAAAUUUGUGUUUACAGCGCGAUUCACGCUACCUACUGCUGAGGAUCACCCCGAUCUGCCAGGGAGUCCAGUCUCAACAAUGUACUCCGCUACGUCACGACAGCCUUCCACGGAGAGCGUCCCAGGUAAUUUCCAACCACUGCCACCGCCAAAACAGUUACGCAACGUCGAAGGAUCUCCGUUGGCGGCUUCGGAGCAGGAAUCUUCCCCAGUAGUGGGGUCGAACGGAAGCUCCAACCCGUCUGUUCUGUCGGGGAAAUCGCAUGCUACGGACAAGUCCUCAAUCACAACGGUCCACACUGGCCUCGCCCGCUUCAGCGAGGCUGCCAAGGCCAGUGGUCAGGACCUCUCCCAGAUGAAGCUCGAAAUGCCUUCUGGAAGGAGUUCGCCCGGCCGCACACCUACACCGGCGCCUGCAGAUCACCCGUCGCCGGAGGAGUUCCGCCCGCCAAUGUACUCGAUCCUCCUUAUCUGUCCUCAGAAAUUCAGUCGCGAGGCCACCACGCAGCACAUUGAGACGACGUUGCCUUCUCAUGUACCCCACCAAAUCACAGCUCUUGGGAGCGUCGAAGAAGCCCAGGAGCUAAUUGGCGGACACGACCCCAUCAAGUUCACCCAUAUCGUCAUCAAUCUGGGCUCAGCUGAGGCCGUGCUGGACCUGAUGGAUCAACUGUUCAAGACACAAAAGGCCGACAACACAACAAUAUUGGUGCUGUCUGAUUCGGUCCAGCGACAGGCUGUGCUGAAGCUCGCCAGCAGUGAGACUCACAAGAAGCUGCUCGCGGACAAUCAAAUAUCCUUCAUAUACAAGCCAGUCAAGCCCUCGCGCUUUGCCGUGAUCUUCGACCCUGACAAGGUCCGGGACUUGAGCAUUGACCGCAACCGGUCGACUGCGCAACAGAUGGUGGAGACACAAAAGGCCAGCUACCUGGAGAUCGAGAAGCGGAUGGGAAACAAGGGGUACAAGGUGCUUCUCGUGGAAGACAAUCCAGUCAAUCAGAAGGUGCUCAUGAAGUACCUGAACAAGAUCGGCGUAGACGUCGAGGUUGCGGUCGAUGGCGCCGAAUGCACCGACAAGGUCUUGUCCAAGCCUCACCAGUAUUAUUCGCUGAUCUUGUGUGACCUCCACAUGCCGCGCAAGGAUGGCUACCAAGCCUGCCGCGAAAUCCGACACUGGGAGAGAUCGGCCAAGUUCCCGAACAUGCCCAUUAUCGCCUUGUCAGCCAAUGUCAUGUCGGACGUGCAAGAUAAGUGUGCCGCGGCAGGAUUCAGCGACUACGUGACGAAGCCGGUUGAUUUCAUCGAUCUCAGCAGGGCCAUGGCCAAGUUCUUUUGA